AGAUUAGAAUCUCGGCGAGAAUGCAACAACACUGCAGAUUCUGACACUAUGUUGGGUCUGAUCACCUCAGAAUACAACAAGUGGAAGGAAAAGUUCACCUCCCAAGUGUCUAUGCUGAGUCAUUAUGCUUCCAUACACAAUACAAACUGCUGCACGUGCUUAGGCAUUAAGAAGAAGAAAUACAUCCCAGCAGGUACAGGGAAGCGAGGUCGUCCCAGGAAAUACCCUCCCCCUGUAGGCUAUGGACCUGGCAUGCAACGCCCUGACACAAUUGAUGAAGAUGGUAACAUUUUUGAACCACAGAUCAUCCUGAAAGAUGGAAUGGUUGUCAAGAAUGAACCUGGGAAUGAACGCAAAGGACUUCCAGCCGGGGAAAAUGGUGCCCAUGACUUGGCAAACACAUCUAAUGGUAAUUCUGGUAUCCAGAUUCUUCCACGCCCAGUUCUUUCAAAGGAAGAACUUGAAAAACGAAGAGAGUAUUAUAACAAUCACAAGAACAAGAUCAAAUAUGUUUGUCAUUAUUGCCAGGUUCACUUCUACCACAAACCCAAUUUUGAUUUCCACAUUUCAAAGCUAGAAAGUGCUGGAAAAUGCAAAAUUUAUGAAAAAUUAAACAACUUGUACCUUUGCGAAUCCUGUGGGGAGGGGUUCUCAUGGCGGGAAAAGCUAGAGAAACAUUUACGUUUAGCCGAGCAACAUGGAACGCACAAUCAGAAGGAGUUGCUUAUGUUUGGAGACUUCCAGUGUAACAUGUGUGGUAAGACAUUCAAUAAACGCACGACCUAUGUGCAACAUAUAAAAUGGCAUGAAGAUCGUGAGGACAUCCCUUGUGUCAUAUGUGGCACUAUGUUCAAACAGACUGACCUGAGACAUCAUCUAAUGGAAGUGCAUAAUAAUGACAGUUUACCAUGUUGCUAUUGUGGCAAACUCUUUACCAGUAGGAAGUAUUUAGAAAAGCAUGAGUUAGUUCACCAGGGCGGCAAUUUUCCAUGUCCAGAGUGUGGCAAAUCAUUUGGUCAAAAAAGCAAUAUGCAGCAACAUCUCAAAACACAUACGUUAGACAAAGAAUAUUCAUGUGAACACUGUGGACAGACAUUUAAUCAACGUGCUGGGCUUUGUCAGCACUUAAAAAAGCAUUUUGGCCCAACUGAGUUCAAUGAUGAAUGUGAAGUUUGUGGUCAGUAUUUCUCUAAUGAUUACAAUCUUAAAGUGCACAAGAAGAAGAUUCAUAAUAUGCAUAUAGAGGGACUGGCAGAUGAUAUGUCAGACCAUUCAGAAUAUCUUUCCUCACCUAUACCAUCACAUAUGACACCAGAGGAUCUUCGUGAAAAGGCUUAUGGUGCUGCCAAUUCAGCUGUAAAAAAUAUGUUAGGAGUUUCCCUAGGGUCUUCAGUUAGUUUAGGGUUGUCUAUGAAGCAAGAAGGUAAUACAGAAUCCCUUGAUGACAAUCAAUUACAUAUGCGAGACACUUCAAGUCACAUGAACGACAUGAGGCAUAUGACUGACAGACGAGAUACUCCUGUUAGUCUCAUGAAGGACACCAUUGAAGCAGACGAACACAUGAGAAUGAACCAACAUCACUCGAUGUCUGUCAAUGAAGAGACCUUACACAUGCCUCAAGAUCUAACCCGUAUGACUGCUAGCCAAGCACACAUGAGUGAUGAUUCAGGACGCAUGUCUACUGCCCCACAAUCUCCUCUCAUUAAUGCUCCACAGUCCCAUAUGAGUGAUAUGAGAAAUUCAGCUACUGAUAGUCCAGGACGUAUAACUGAUACUCCUCACAUGACUGAUAAUUUGGGUCGUAUGGCUGCUGAAAAUUUUGGGCGAAUGACUAGUACACCAGGGGGAUAUUUAGCAGAACACUUGCGGCGCAUGGCUGAAAACCAGAGUCGCAUGUCUGAUUCCAUGUCUCAUUAUGAUGAACGUGAUAAUUACAGCCGCCUUGGAGACAAUUUGCGUACCAUGAGUCGAGGAAGUGCUGCAGACCCUAUGGGACGUUUAGGAGACAACCUAGGCCGUAUGACAGACAAUCUUAGUCAUAUGGGAGUUAUUCGGCCAACUCAAACCCCAUCCAGCACGCCCCAGUGGCCACCACAUAUGCAAAAUCACGCAGCAUUAGACAGUAUGAAUCAGUCUCCCCAAGCAAGCCAGCACACACUUUAUCCACUGCCAUUCUGGCCCUAUGAUCCUUCUUUGCGGCAGUAUCAUCACUGAGCACUUGAAGGUGAGCUGGCCAAGGCUUAUACUUGCACUCAGCAGACAGAUUGUGACAUACAAGGUCCAGAUAUAUUCAUCAUAUCUAAGGCAUGAUCAAGAAGUUCCAUCACACUUCUAAAAGUUAGGAGAAGCUAUUUUUCUUAUUUUUUUAAUUAGUCAAGUCUGUUGGCUUAUUUAAUCUUCAUAUAGAAGAUGUGAUGUUAUGAUUGAAGGUUCCUACGAUGAUAGACAUUACAAUUUGUGUAGUACAAUUAUGGAUUUGCUGUGGUAGCUGUAGUGUAUAGUAGCUGUCCAGAUUUCUGAACAUUAAUUGCUUAGUAGUUAAUCCAUAUAAAAAUUAUGGAGAGUUAAAAGCUGUAGCAAAUUUAUUUUAGAUUACCAUACAAUGCGUAUACUGGCCAUGUGUAGUGCUUAAUGUAUGCUGUCAAGUCUAGCUUCCAAUUUUUAAAUAAGCCUUUUUUUCAGGUUUAUGAAGAACCACAAUUUUUCAUUUCAUAAAGUAUGCAAAUAUUUAUAGAAAGUGACAGCUGUCUUUCUUUGUGAUAAAAAAUUGUGCUCUCUAGUUUCUAAAUUACGAGUAGACGCAAAAGAAACCAGAUGUGAUUCUUUUAAAUUGCUGGGUAUGUUAAAAACCCUACUCUUAACAUUAUUCAUAUGGGAUUUGUUUUAAGUAUAUUAUAUGUGGGUUUUACACAUGAUGUUACACAUUGAAUUUUUAAUCAAUACCUGUACUGGGCAAAUUAAGCUCUUGCAGUGGUCCAAACUAUACAGGGUAAAAAUCUGUUUGAAAAUAAUACUGUUAAUUUAGUCAUUUGCUCUUAAGGGUUGCAAGGUUGCCUGUAACCAUAACUAUUGAGAACAAAUGCCCAUGUGAAAAUAUUACCAUAGUCUAUGAGAAAUAUAUAUAUAUAUACACCACUAAUUUACAAGACUGCAUCUGGGAUCAAGUGUUAGAUUUUUUAUAUGGCUGUAUGUGAUGCAUCUUUAAAUGCCCAAUGCCAUGUUUCGGGACUAUUAUUUUUCUUAUUUCCUGAGCACUUAAACCUAACCAUUUAAUAUGGAUAUUGUUAUAUAUCAGUGUAUUUGAAUUUUGAAUGCUACCAUUGAGAAACUGUACAGUUCUUAGUGUGUUGAGCAUUGAGAAUAAGGGUACCAGUGAUUGGUGCAAAGAAACACACUUGUAAGUUGUGGAUAAGAAUUAUGGAAUAUUGUAUGUGUAUCUUAAAAGUCUUUCUUUUGAAAUGAAAAGUAAAUUUUAAGACAUUGGGAUUGCUGAUCCCCAGCUAGCAGAAGUUCUUGAGGUGUACCGUGAGGAAUGAAUUAAGAAUUGCUAUAUGAACUGGUAGAGCUACCAAAGUAUAUACUUACCUAGAUGCUCUUUGCACUACUUAUUUAUAUAUACUAAAUCUGUCUAAACAAUACUAAAUUACAGUUGUCAUUAUCUUUUAACAGUUUUUAAAAAGAGAUUUUUAAGUAGUAAAGCCAACACUGCUUUAUGGAUGUCGGUCUUCUAUUUGGAAAUUUGAGAUAUGAAAAGAGCAUCAAAGUAAGUUCAGAUGAUUCAGCCCUUAAAGCAAAUAUAUGACAUUUGCAAAUAGCAUAUCAUUAUAAGCUAUAAUUCAACAAUAUGAGGUUUGAAUUGUCCAAAAUUAGUUUGAUUGCAAAGUUUCACUGUUAGAUAAGGAUUUUUGCUUUAGUUAUGCAUUGGAUAUAUUAAUUGAAGUACCUGUAUGUGUAAUAACAUAAAUUAAAAUGAAAAUAGAGUAAAGUAUAUGCCAGUUUAAAUUUGUCAAACUAGUAAUUGGUAAUAUUUAUAUAGUUUAAAUUUUCACUAAUCUUCAGCAGUAAUUGCAUACCAUUGUUUAAAUAUAACUUAAGUUAGAGAUAUAAUACUGUAUAUUAUCAAAUGGGCUGUUUAAUUGUUUUCAUCUGCGCUACUGGAAUUUUUAUGUAUUGUAUUUUUAAUUGACGUCUGAUAAGUUGAAUCCAGUGGAUUCCAUGUGAUGGGUGUGAGAUUGUAGUUUGUCGAGUUAUUAACAUCACAUUGUCCUGUCUUUUCACAUCAGAUAGCAAUUAUUGUUUAAGUAUUUGCUGAUCAAAAUUAAUUUUUUAUGGUUAUUUUUAAUGAUUUCAAUUUAUAGAAGUGAUAAAUUAUUAUAGACUUGGAUUACAGCUGCCAUUUUUGUCUUUACAUUUAUUGUACUACUGUGUGUAUUAUUCUCCGUUGAUGAAUCGUGAGGAAACUGAAUAGUUGAUAUUUGAUCUGAUAUUUUUAUCUUGCAAUUUGUUGGGUUACUAUCAGAAAUAUGAACAUAGAGUUAACUUGCUGAAUGUUACAGUGACUUGGCCAUCAAAGAGGAAAGUUUUUGUUUUUCAAGCGUAAUUAGCAACUUUUAUUGUACUUAACCCAGAUCAGGAAAGUUGUAUCUUUCUUCAGCAGUGAUGUAACAUAAUUUUUAGAUCAGUUAAUUGUUUUAUAUUUUGUGCUAUCUAUCUAUCUGUCUGCACACACACACACACACACACACACACACACACAC